UCGCGGCGCUUCUCUUUUCCCCCAACGGCUUCCUCUGUUUCCUCUUCCCGCUCCCCCCAAAUGCCGCCUCCUCAUCACUAGCUUUCAGUGCUCAGCUCCUCCCCCACUCCUCCUCUGCUGUCUCUUGCGUCUCGCCGUCGCCGCGACACCAUGGGCUGCUUCCUUGGCUGCUUCGGGGGGGCCAAGGAGCGCCGCCGCCGCCGCAAGCGGUCGCCGGCACAGUCGCCCAAUGGCCGCACCCGGGCCGCGCCGCGAGUUUCGCCUAAGAAUGUUGAUUUGGAUGGGGAGGUCGUCUCCGCCGCCGCGCCACUCCUGGCGACGCUCCUGGAGUUGAGGGACUCCACCGAUGACGUGUGUUUGGCCGUCGUCAAGAAGAAGGUAACGUUUGAUCCGAACGUCACCACCUACGAGGCGGCUGCGAUCCCGGAGGACGACGGCGAGGGAGCAGAUCCGGAGGAGGAUGAGGCGAACAGGGAGAAGGAGUGGAUGCUGGCGCCGGAGUGCGCCAAUUCCGAGGCUUUCCCGUUGAACCACAGGUACAGCAACUGCGUCGACUGUGACAACGACAGCGAGGAGGAGGAGGAGGAUGAGGACGACGACGAAUACGAAGACUGCUCCGAACAGGAAGACGGAUUCGAUGUGUGUGCGAUCGACAACGAAGAAGAGGAGCACGGUCUUCUAGGCCUUGCACGCGGCGAGGAGGAAGCGUGUGAGUCGCUCUUCCUGCUUCCGAUCAGCAAGAUGUCCAAGGAGAGCGGCGGCCUGGAUGCGGCGGCCAGCGUAACCACGCCGGAGGCCCCCGCGGCUUGCGCGACGCGCGACCGGAGCGAGCACGUCAACCCCGUUCUGAACUCGGUGGAAAACCUCACCCGGUGGAAGGAAGCCAAGUCCCGCGCCGCCGCCACACCAAAGUCCUCGGACAAGGAGAAUGUCAUGCUGGGGCAGGACAACAGGAUGCACCUCCUCGCCGAGCCGGCGGUCGCGGCCAAGAAGGAGGAGAGGCUGGCGGUCUCUGACUACAGCUAUAGCCCCAGCACGCCUAGCAAGCAGGAAGCCUCCGUGGACGCCAGCCUCUCGACGUGGCUCGGUUCUUCGGGGACACGUGAGAGCAACUCGGUCCGGUCCUACUCGCCGAUCAGCCGAGAGGACCGGCCGAUCCUUGGGGCCCUGACCGUGGAGGACAUCAAGAUAUCGUCUGCCAACUCGUCGCCGGGGAGGUCGAGGUCCCCGAGCCCGAGCCCCGAUGACAUGCCAAUCCUUGGGACUGUGGGGGCUUACUGGAACUGCAGUGCCAAGGGGGGUGAUCCGGUGACAAGAGGGGGGUUUAUGAGGACAAGAACCAGAUUUGGCCAGAAUUUUGCAGGAUGAAAUGGCGAAUUGCUGAAACUCCCUGCUGGAGGCUAGAAAGCGCUGAUACUGGUGGUUUGUGUUGGGGAGAUGCAAAUGGCAUGCAUUAAUGUGGAGAUAUAGAAUAUGUGAGAUUGUGAAACCAGUGACAUUCCAUUCUUCAAAGAUGUGAUCUGCCUAGACAUUCUUUCAUAUGUUGUAAACUGUGCAAUUGUCAUCCAUAUUCUAGUAUGGUCUCUUUUUUUGGCAUUGUCAAUAUGAUGUAUUAUUUCAACAUAAUUCGUUUGUCAAUAUGAUGAAUUGUUUUGUCC